AUGGCUUGUCUAAGAAAGUUAAAGGAGGAUAUUGCUGUGUUAGAAAGUCUAUUCCCCAAGAGCCAUGAGCGAAUGCAGGUUCUUGUCGCUUCCGUGGAUGAAAUUUCGGUAAAGUUCAUUGAUAAUUCAGGAAAAUCUAUAAUCAUUAAUGCAAAUAUUCAGGAAAAUUAUCCGAGACAACCUCCUAUAUGGUUCAGCGAAUCGGAUCAUCCCGCUGUUGGAGCUACGUUGGAGAAACUGACGGAAACAACUGAGCCGACCACUAUCCUCUACCAGAUUCAUAGGCUACUUUUGGAGCUAUGCAAUCAAUUCAAUUUGAGCCUGCCAUCAGAAAUAGUGCGACUCGACCCUCGCAAAGAAAUAGAACGGGAUGAAGGCCAAGGUAGCGAUAUGGAGAGCGACGACGACCAAAUCAAUGUGGAUGAUGUAGUUGAAAUGGCUGAUGAAACUACACCAAGUGGUGUCGAUGAAGACGUGGCACCUGAAGGUAUUCAAGUAUUGGAUAGGAUCAGUAAAGUAAAUCGACAACAACACUUGUCAGGAAUGGUACAAGGGUCGGUGACAGCAACAGAUCGUCUUAUGAAGGAAAUCAGAGACAUAUAUCGUAGCUCUCAUUACAAAAAUGGUGUUUAUACUAUUGAGCUUCAUAAUGAUACCAAUUUAUAUGAAUGGUGGGUCAAGCUAUAUAAGGUUGAUUCGGAUAGCCCACUAGCAGCUGAUUUGGUAACACUCGCUCAAGAGCAAAAACAGGAUCAUAUUGUAUUUCACUUUGUAUUUAACGAGAAUUUUCCAAUGGAGCCUCCGUUCGUCAGAUUGGUCUCCCCCACGGUCCAAAAUGGAUUUGUAUUGGGUGGUGGAGCGAUCUGUAUGGAGCUUCUAACGAAACAAGGCUGGUCUUCAGCCUAUUCUGUAGAAUCAGUUGUUUUACAAAUCGCGGCAACUCUAGUCAAAGGCAAAGCCCGCAUCCAAUUCGAUAAUAAGGGACAGUAUUCAUUGGCUCGUGCGCAACAGUCCUUUAAAAGUCUUGUACAGAUUCAUCAAAAAUCUGGAUGGUAUACUCCUCCUAAGCAGGAAGGCUAA